UUGAUUGUAUACACCUGUGUCCAUGGAGGGGAUUGGAACACCUGAAUCACAUGAUUGGGAGGGGAUUGGAACACCUGAAUCACAUGAUUGGGAGGGGAUUGGAACACCUGAAUCACAUGAUUGGGAGGGGAUUGGAACACCUGAAUCACAUGAUAUGGAGGGGAUUGGAACACCUGAAUCACAUGAUUGGGAGGGGAUUGGAACACCUGAAUCACAUGAUUGGGAGGGGAUUGGAACACCUGAAUCACAUGAUUGGGAGGGGAUUGGAACACCUGAAUCACAUGAUAUGGAGGGGAUUGGAACACCUGAAUCACAUGAUUGGAGGGGAUUGGAACACCUGAAUCACAUGAUUUGGAGGGUUGGCCCAAUUCUUCUGGCAAUAUAGUGUAUUUGUUGAA